AUGGUGAUAUCCAUCAUCAUUGCAUCCAUCAUUCUCUUCAUUGGCAUUGGAGUCUUGGUUCUGUUGCAUAUCUGCAUUGUAGGAAAAGCAUUUAGAAGGAGUCUGAACACAAUUUCGCAAGGAGAUGAGCUUAAGAAUGAAGGGAACAAUGGUUUGUCCCCUGAUGAUUUGGAGAAGCUCCCUUGUUAUGAUUUCGACGGCGAAGAAAAAGAUUGUGCAGUUUGCUUGGAGAGCUUUAGAAAUGGGGAGAAAUGUUGUCUCAUGGCAAGAUUAGGGGAAUAUGUAGACAGUGAUCUUUUUCGUGCAAAUGAAGAAAUAGAAAAGACGAUGCAAGAGAAUCAGCCACAUGAAGAUGAACAUUUAGAAGAAAACUUGAGUCACAUGCCAUGUAUUGAUGAACCGAAGAUCGGUAUGAUGUUCAAAAGUUUGGAGGAAGCAAUGAAUUAUUAUAGUGCUUAUGCAAAAUUCAUUGGGUUUGGGAUUAGAAAAGGAUCUAAUUAUUUGUCUAAGAGAAAGAAUGUCAUCACAAUGCAAGUAUUUACUUGCUCUCAUGAGGGUUUUUCUAAAAACAAAAGGAAGGAGCCAUUACUUAGGGAUAACACAUUCGAGAAAAGUCCUUUGAAGGAGAUAUCUAGCAUUCGAACUGGUUGCAAAGCAAGUAUGCGUGUGAAAUUAGAUGAUGGAGAAAAUUGGAUCAUAUCAUCAUUUGAGAAGAAGCACAACCAUGAAUUAGUAUCGAGCCCCUCAAAAUCUCGUUUCUAUCGGUGUCGGCGAAAGAUUGGAGAUGAAGAAGCCGACCUUAUACAAACCAUGCGUGAGCAAAAUAUUUCAACAAAGCAUAUUAGGGACUUCAUUGCAUCUCAACGUGGAGGGGUUCGUAAUUUAUCAUUCACGGGGAGGGACCUAAGCAACUUUGCAACGCGCCAAAGAAUGUCUCUUUUUGAUAGUGAUAUCUCAACGACUCUAAGUCACUUUCAACAACUACAAGCUGAGAAUCCUAUGUUCUUUUAUGCAGUCCAGAUUGAUAGUAAUAAUUGUGUAAAAAAUAUGUUUUGGGUUGACGGGAGAUCAAGGAUGGCCUACCAGCAUUUUGGAGAUGUAGUCACUUUUGAUACCACAUAUUGUACAAACAAGUACAGUAUGCCAUUUGCACCAUUCAUCGGGGUAAAUCACCAUUCUCAAACUAUAUUAUUUGGUUGUGCUUUGAUUAGAGACGAGACCGCGGAAUCCUUCAUGUGGGUCUUUCGAACAUGGCUUAAUGCAAUGUCUGGUAAGCAUCCUACUUGUAUUCUGACAGAUCAAGAUCCUUCAAUGAGAAAAGCAAUAAGUGAAGUCCUUCCUAAUACAGCUCAUCGGUUUUGUAAGUGGCACAUUCUUCGGAAAGCACGCGAGCACCUAGGCAUUUUAUUUGGCACAAAAGAGAAGUUUCAAGAGGACUUUCUUAGUUGCAUCAAUUUUAGCUUAACAAUUGACGAUUUUGAGUCAAGUUGGACUUCUAUGAUAGAGAAGCAUGGAGUUGAAGAUAACACACAUCUAAAACAUUUGUAUCAAAUUUGA